GCAAUCAGCGCACAUCGCUCGCUGCUGCUUCGCCUCGUCCCCGAUUCGGCAGCAAGAUAAGAUCCCAAUCCCCAUGGCGGCGGCGGCGGAGAGCGUCGCUGCGGCACGGGAGGAGGAGUUCACGGAGGUGGAGCUGGAGGUGGCCGCCAUUCUCUGCAACCUUAAGGGAAUCCUGCGCGCGCGAGACCGGCGGCGGAUGCAGCGGCGCGAGUCGGUCCCGGAGAUACCCUCGUGGGGGCGGCGCAGGCCGAGGUCGAUGCCGGAGGACAGCAAGCCCGCCGCCUCCGCCGCUGGCUCUGCGGUGGUCGCGGAGAGGGACGGGGCCGCCAGCCCCGAUACGCCGCUCGCCUUCCCGGAGAGCGGCGGGGACGACGCGGCGGCAGAGCAGGAGGAAGCCAACAAGGCCAGGACGCACGCGGAGUGGGUGCAGGAGCAGCGCGGCGUGGUCGCGAGCUUGUCCGAGGAGAACGCGCAUCUCCUCAAGCGAAUCGAGGAGUACCGAGCUCGGCUGCAGAGCUCGAGGAGCACCAACCAGAGCUUGAAGCAGCUGCACAAGGUGAGGCAGAAGCGCGAGCUGGAGCGGGAGCAGGAGCGGCGGAUGAUAGCGCAGCGCCAGGGGACGGCACCGGGUGCGGAUCCCCGGGCGGUAGCGCUGGGGCUGGACCUGAACGAACCGGCGCCGCGGGCGCCGUACGAGGAGGCUGCGGCGGCGGCGAGGGCGCAGGCAGAGGAGGAGUGGUACCGGCAGGGGCAGCAGCGGGCUGCAUUGCAGAAGGCGGCGAUGACCGCGGACGCGCGGCGGCGGCGGCUGGAGAUCCUGCGGGCCAAGGUGGCUGCCUCGCCGUUGCUGUCGAGCAGGACGCGGCGCGUGGGGUGAGAGGAUGGAGGGUGGCAUGAUUGGUUUUUGAGCGUGGCUGGCAGGCUAGUCGAACCGGACUAGCACUACCUGUUAUAGUAAGUAGAAUUGUUGUGCGAUGAGAGAGGGAUAGGGAGCUGCUAUUCAUCAUAUUCAUGUCGUCCUAGCUAGAUUGAUCGAUGUUGCGAGUGAGUGAUCGUCACUAUUAAUUAAAAUUGGAACAUUGUGAGAUUUUGAUCCGUAUAACUACUAGUAUCAUCACUAUUAAUUAUUUAA